CAGUAAUUUAUAAAAAAUUAUUUUUUAAAAAAAUUAAAAUUGAAUUCGAGAAACUCCAAGGAAGGCGACGAGCAUCACCAUUGACGACCAUCAUCUUCGUCGUCUGUGUCCGUCGCUGCACAUCAAACAUCAAGCAUAACAGUUUCCUCCUUCGUAAGUCGUCCAAGACCACGUACUUUCAAGGCGCAUAUUUAUCAUACGAGCUAUGGGUUGCUCCUCUUCUCUUCUAGCUGGGAGUUCUGGGGAGUCAGGUAUCAGGUCACUUAACAAUUCGGAGAAUAGUGGAGCAACUGACGCCAAAAAUCUACGCGUAAAGUUGGUUCUUUUAGGUGAUUCUGGCGUUGGUAAAAGCUGCAUUGUUCUUCGUUUUGUUCGUGGCCAAUUUGACCCAACAUCCAAGGUAACUGUGGGAGCUUCAUUCCUCUCUCAAACAGUUGCCUUGCAAGAUUCUACUACAGUGAAGUUUGAAAUAUGGGAUACUGCCGGCCAGGAGAGGUAUGCUGCAUUAGCACCACUAUAUUACCGAGGAGCUGCAGUUGCUGUUGUUGUGUAUGACAUAACAAGCCCAGAUUCAUUCAGCAAAGCACAAUAUUGGGUCAAGGAGCUACAAAAACAUGGGAGCCCAGAUAUAGUCAUGGCUUUGGUUGGUAACAAGGCUGAUCUUCAUGAGAAACGAGAAGUACCAGUACAGGAUGGCAUUGACUAUGCGGAGAAGAAUGGGAUGUUCUUUAUUGAGACAUCUGCAAAGACAGCUGAUAAUAUAAAUCAGCUGUUUGAGGAAAUUGCUAAGAGACUCCCUCGACCUCCUCCUUCAUAGUUAAAGAGCAUUCGCGAACGCAUUUAACUCCUCACGUUGUCGGAAGUAUGUGUACAUUGUAAUGAACCCUUGUGGUUAUUGUUCUGUUUUAUUACAUUGUUAUCAUCUUGAUUUUCAAAAUUUAUAGUUGCAACAUCAGGAUCAACCUUCACACAGUGAAUUUGCUUAUAACUGACUAAGGUGUUCAGACCAUGCUGGCGGGCCUUAUAUGCCAUUGGCUAGGUUGUAAAUUUUUUAUAUAUUGUUUCUAUAUGUGUUUUACCAGAUUUUAGCAAAUUUGUUUCUUUUGCCAUCAGAUUUCUGGAAGUUAUUUGAAUUCUUUUGAUUAGCCUCA